AUGCGCAGCCUCUCUUUCUUCGCCGCCCAGCUGCUGGCGCUCACUGCCACCGCCCGCGCGAAUCCAGGCCCAACCGCGACUCUGCCACCCGCGAAUCUGGUUGAACGGGACGAGACUUCGACACGAGUCAGCACAUCAUACUACGCUCUCGCUACAACUCAGGUUCCAAGAGAUGAAUACUACGUCGGGAUGGGCAAGAAUGGAACCAGGGGAAACUACUAUUGGGUGUCUUGCAUCAAUGAACCUUUUACGACGAUCAGCAGCUAUGGCGGAUGUGGACAAGACGACGUGUAUACUCGAUGCUCAGGCAGAACAGCGUUGGGAAUCGACGGUGGUGAGGUCCUAUGCGAUGUGGAAUGCGUUACGCAUAGGAUCUACCAGGACCUCGAUGUGACAACGUGGACCCCAUUCCUCGGCUGCGGGAGAGGGACUAGCACAAUGAACCUCCUAAGGACAUCAACUAGUUCGGACGAUCAAGAUGCAACCACCACAACAGGAUCCCUCACAACGACUACGACAACUGAUGAGCCCAAUCUUGGUGCUGAACUACAACCUUACUUUGGGAUGGCCCGUCUGAUAGCCCUCGUUUGUGUGGUUGCACUAGCUCAGCUGUCAUGGAUCACGAUGGCGUAA